AUGGAGAUGAACAAUAACUAGAACUUAUAUUUGUUAAAUGCUUAACAAUAAUAUUACAAUCCUUAUUCUUUUGAAACAUAAGGUGAAUAAACUUAGGAACUUAAUUUCUUUAACUGUUUUUAAAUUUAAUAUUUUCUUAGAUCAAGGACAGUUUUAGAGUUCUAAUAUAAGGUCUGAGUUUAUUUAGAAUAUGUACACUUUUUUAGCAAUCGAAUUCUUAUUUAAUUUGGGAAUGAUGGCUUUAGGAUUUUACACAGGUAUGGGUUCUUGGCUUGUUCGUCUUAAUUGUUUAUAAGAUUUUGAAGAAGGUUUUGAAUUUUAUAGUUGUUUGACCCCAUCUUGGUUAUUUUAUGUUUCUUUAUUUGUUUCAAUAAUAUUGUAAAUGAUGUUAUAUUUUGGAGGAAACUUUGCAAGAAAGGUAAUAUUAAAGAUUUGAUUGUAGGAUCCUUUAAAUUAUGUAGUGUUACUUCUGUAGUUGAUUUUUUUUGGAUUUACAUUUGCAACAAUAUGCAUCUUUAUGGUUUUAAGCCUACAAGAACUGGUUGUUUGGAUAACUUGGGGACUUAUUUUCAUAAUAAUACUAAUAUUUAAGAUUCUAGGGGUCUUAAACAAAAAAGAGAUAUCUUUGCUUUGUAUAUAAAUUCAUUCCAUAUUUUUACAGAAGGUGCUAUCAUAAUUGUAGGUGCAUCUAUACCUUUAAUAUUAAUUCUAAUAUUCCUGAGGUAUAGGCUUAUAUGGGAGAAAUGUUUAUCUGGAUUUAUCAUUGUAAUAUAUGGAAUCUAUUUGAUGUUUGAAACAAGAUUUAUAAUGAGCAAUAAAGUAAGAAUUUAUUUAAGGAAAUAAAGAGAUUGAAUUUAUAACUUGAUCAAUAUUUGUUUGGAUCUUUAUUGCUUAAUGGUCUUAUGUUUUAACCAUUAGUGAGAAUAUUUGAAAUGAUAUUCUUUGCUUUUGGUAGAAAUAACUGA